AUGGCGUUGUCAUCAGUCAAUUUGUCUGAUACCAGUGCCGUAGCGCAAACAUUAAUGCAGCUGGAUAGCACGUAUCAGUAUGAUAGAGAAAAAGAAGUCAGUAAAAAAUUGAAACUAUAUAAUAACAAUAACAAUGUACAAAAUCAAAGUCAGCUAAAUUAUCAACCUAAUUCGUUUAAUCACCAUAAUGUGAGUCAUAAUAAUAUUAAUGCAAUUCAAGUUGGAAAUAAUACCCGAGAUAGAUUUAGGCACAGAAAUAAAAAAAAUUAUAGACCGUGGAAUGAGCAAUCAUGUCAUGGUCAUCAGUACAUUCAAUCGCAUCCUAAUCCAGUCAUUUACCAUUGA